GGUAGUAAUACCGAACCGGUUUGAGCUCCUUCCUUUUACAAUCCCCACUAUUUUUUAAAGUUCAUCUUUAAUCUGCAGAUGAUAUGGGGUGCUCGACAGUUUGCCUAACGAACCGUUAUCAUUCAUUUAGAUGAGAGCACGCUGGCGUAUCGAACAUGUUUUCCUUCGAUAACAGUUUUUGGUCCAUCUUCACCUUGACACUCGUUGGUAUUUGCUGUGGUAGUCCGGUAUUGAAAUCGGGGCCGGGCAUAGAAAUUCUUCCGGCUGCUUUUUCUGACGGAAAUGGACCAAAUUACGUUGUAGUGAAUGAUGCAAGCAAACAACCAUCACCCGCACCUGUAGUAGGGGUACGAUCGCAAGCACCAGUAUUUAUUCCAAACCAACGAUCGAGUGUUUAUCAACCAGCACCCGCGCAAGUGCAGUAUCAGCAACCCCAGCCGCAGCCCGUUCAAUAUCAAGAGCUUGAGCAAUCAGAAGAGAUCCAGUACGAAGAACAGGAGAAUCAGUAUCAACAGAAUCAGUAUCAAGAGCCACCGGCACAACAAAUUCAGUAUCAACAACCGCAACAAUUUCAGUACCAACAACCAACAUAUCAGCCGCAGUCGACGCGAUAUUAUUCGCCGCAACGUGUGCAGUACGCGCAACCGGAAUAUACGUAUUCACCUUACAUUCGCGCUGCUAGUCGUCGACCGGAUGCACAAUAUUCGUCUCCCGGUAAGUAUGUCCGUAUGGUAUGCUUCAUAUUGCUCCAUCGAUUAAAAUGUUUCGUAACACGAUUCCCGCGGUAUAUCCCUGUACCGAAACACAAAACUUGUUUGGUCCAUUACGACCGCAGCAAUCCAACGCAGCAGUUUAGUCGCUCAAUCUGGCAUUGGACACAACUGUACCUAUGCAAAUAUUUGUAAACUGUAGUUUUUUCAGUUAACUGUUCUCGCUUUUGCAUCUUUUGUUAUAACUAGGUGUUUUCGGUACUAUCGCACGUGCAUUCGGUUUGAACAGUGGAAGCAGCUCUAGGCGGACCUCUUCUUCCGGGCUGGGAUUUUUAGGCA